AUGGCGCAGUCCGUUGACUUGACUCACGCGACACCCAACCACAUCCCGUCAAUUGCCAGACCUUUGGCACCUUACAUCAAAAGCCGCCAAGAUGCCCUAUUGAUCCGACAAGCCUUGACCAUUUACCUUCGUUCGCAUAUCGAGUUCGCAGAAAACAAUACCGAACAUCCAGGAUGCCACAGCCAAUCCCAUCUGUCGUUAUCAGUGCCGCACGAAGUGGUGGUCGAUGUCAAGCGGAUUCCAUCGGAGUUGACGGGGUUGCGAAAACAGUACCUGGAAGCGCUCAAAUUGAACGUGGCUGCGAGGAGGGAAUACCAGUCAGUUGUGGAGAAGGCGACUUCUGUGAACCCAGAAAGGGGCAUGACACGGGCGGAAAAGUUACCCGUGGAUUCGUCUUCGGAGUUACAGGAAUACCUGCGGCUUCUCCGUGACCGUCGUCGGCAUGCAAAGCUCCAGGUUUUUGAACACUACAUUCAAGAGCUCAAACAACGUGAUACGCCAAAACCAGCAGAUCUAGAAGAUAGUGGAACUCAUUAUCAGCAGCUCGUGCCACCACCAGACUUCGAAGUUACCCAACAUGGCGCUACAACAGGGCUUACCGUCGAAGAGCUAAUGCAUAACCUGGAAAAAGCCGUCAUCCGCGCUAAGGCUCAGCUGGAGAGAGAGAAAGGGUUAUUAGAAGAACUUCAGGCGCAACAGAUGCCCGUUGGGGCCCAAGAUAUCCCACGCGCAGUAAAGGGAAUGGCGUUACAGCGAACUCGAAAUGAGCUGGUGCGUUGGGUGGAGGAGAAACUGGUAAGUGCUGGGAACGAUGAGAACCGUGUAGCCUCUCAAGACUUCCGUUCCGAGGACAUGGAUGAGUCUGUGCGUCUGCUCGGGGAGAAGAAGGCACAGAUCGCACAACAAUACACUGCAUAUGCGGAUGCUCGCAAGCGUCUGCUUGAUGCCGCCUCCAGAGCUUGCCAACCAGUUACUCUCCCGGCCGGAAAGCCCCCAUCACGGCCUACUAGCUUAGUGCAGGGAAAGAAUGCAUCAGAGGAAACACAAUCUCUGGAUGCAUUGGGAGUCCUUACUUUUGCUAGCGAUGUCCUCCAGCCGUUGGCCAGGAGCCAGCGGGCAUUGGCACUGCAGAAAUCCUACCUGUCGGGUAUGCUCGCGAAAGAAAAAGACACAACCCUUCGCAUCCUGAGCAGGCUGCGAGAUGAAAGUCAUCUUCUCCCAGAGUACCCGAUUCUGGCACGCCAGCCGCGGUUUAAACAUGCAACAGCAGCUUCGGCUUCGCACCAGGCCACGGGCACAGAAUCUGCCAAGCCAGACCAACUUGUUGGUCUGGCCGAGGCAUGGGCAUCUGCUUCGGAUGCAGCAGGGAUGACUGAACAAGAAUACGUAGGGUACCGACUGGAGGAAGGGAUGGAGACAGCGCAGGAUGCACAACAGGUGCUAGAAGAUGUCUACAGUAUACUUAACCAAAACCUGGAGGAUACCUUGUGUGACAGGCAAGGCGGAUCGGGCGAGGACAGUAUCGGGGCGUUGGGGGCACGAUUAACUCGGUCACGGGCCAAAAUGCAGCAGAGCCAACAGUCAGCAAAAGGCCCAUGGAGUGGGCUACAUGGUCAAGUGGCCGUUGGCAGAUGA